CUGUUUGUUCCCCACUUUGUUUGUGUAACCAGGAUUACCCCAUCCCAGGAGCAGAAUCUGGCACUUGCUCUUGUUAAAUUUCAUACAGUUGGUGAUUGCCCUUUGUCUUUAAGUAAAGUUUUUACCUUUUUUUCCCCCCCCCCUCUCCAGGAAAAAUACGAAUGUGCUUGUAAACGGAACAGCAUUAAAAUUGUGACACCAGACUGGGUACUGGAUUCUAUAGCUGAUAAGGCUAAAAAAGAAGAGACUCCUUAUCAUCCUCGUUUAAUUAUAUACGAGGAGGAAGAAGAAGAGGAGGAGGAAGAGGAGGAAGAAGCAGAAAAUGAAGAACAAGAUUCUCAAAAUGAAGCUAGUACCGAUGAAAAAUUAUCAAGCCCAGCAUCUUCUCGAGAAGGGUCACCUUUGGGUGAUCAAGUUUUUUCACCAAAAUCUACUCCUGCUGAAAAGGCAAAAGGGGAACUGAUGUUUGAUGAUUCUUCAGAUUCUUCUCCAGAAAAGCAAGAAAGGAAUUUGAAUUGGACACCGGCUGAAGUCCCACAGGCAUCUGCAGCAAAGCGUAGGUUGCCUCAAGGGAAAGACUCUGGGUUAAUUAAUUUAUGUGCCAAUGUCCCACCAGUGCCAGGUAAUAUUUUGCCUCCAGAUAUGAGAGGCAAUCUAAUGGCUUCAGUACAAGGUGCCCAAAGUUCUGAUCGACAGGAAAUGAUGGCUACGUGGAGUCCAGCCGUGCGGACGUUAAGGAAUAUCACUAAUAGUGCUGACAUUCAGCAGAUUAAUAGACCAUCAAAUGUAGCACAUAUAUUACAGUCACUUUCAGCACCUACAAAAAGUUUAGAACAACAAGUAAAUCAUAGCCAACAGGGACAUCCAAAUGCAGUGCUGUUUAGUCAAGUGAAACUAACACCAGAGACACAUUUAUUACAGCAGUCACAUCAAGCACAGCAGCAGCAGCACCAUCCUCUUUUACACCUUCAACCUCAACAACUUAUGCAGCUACAACAGCAGCAGCAGCAACAACCCCAGAUUUCCCAGCAGUCUUUCCAACAGCAACAGCCUCAUCAGUUUUCACAACAGCAACAGCAAGUUCAUCAGCAGCACCAGUUCGCACAGCAGCAGCUUCAGUUUCCACAGCAGCAGUUACACGCUCAACAGCAGCUCCACCGUCCUCAGCAACAGCUCCAGUUCCAGCAGCAGCAUGCUUUGCAGCAGCAACUUCAUCAGCUGCAGCAGCAGCAGUUGCAGCAGCUACAGCAACAGAAUCUGCAACAACAGCAGCUGCAACAUCAGCAGCAGCAAAUGCAGCAGCAGCAGCUGCAGCAGCAGCACUUACAGCGAUUACACCAACAGCAUCAGCAGCAGCAAAUGCAGAAUCAGGCCACGCAACACUUAACUCAGACAUCUCAAGCACUACAGCAUCAAGUUGCAGCCCAGCAGCCGCAACACCACCAGCAGCAACAGCAACAACUGCAACAGCAGCCACUUUUUGGACACGAUCCAGCAGCAGAGAUUCCAGAAGAGUAUUUCCUACUGGGCUGUGUCUUUGCAAUUGCUGAUUACCCAGAGCAGAUGUCUGACAAACAGCUGUUAGCAACCUGGAAACGGAUCAUUCAGGCACAUGGUGGGACAGUGGACCCUACCCUUACAAGCCGAUGUACUCAUCUUCUUUGUGAAAGCCAAGUCAGUAACAUGUACGCUCAGGCUUUAAGAGAAAGGAAGAGGUGUAUUACGGCACAUUGGUUGAACUCAAUCUUGAAGAAGAAGAAAAUGGUGCCACCUCAUCGAGCCCUUCAUUUCCCAGUGGCAUUUCCACCAGGAGGAAAGCCAUGCUCUCAACAUAUAAUCUCUGUGACAGGAUUUGUUGAUAGUGACAGAGAUGACCUCAAACUAAUGGCCUACCUAGCGGGUGCCAAGUACACAGGCUAUCUGUGUCGCAGCAAUACGGUGCUCAUCUGCAAAGAGGCCAGUGGCUUGAAGUAUGAGAAGGCUAAAGAGUGGAGAAUACCCUGUGUAAACGCGCAAUGGCUGUGUGACAUACUGCUGGGAAAUUUUGAAGCUUUACGGCAGAUACAGCACAGUCGGUAUACAGUAUUCAGUCUUCAAGAUCCGCUUUCUCCUAGUCAACAUCUAGUUCUAAACCUUCUGGAUGCUUGGAGAGUCCCAUUAAAGGUAUCGCCCGAACUUCUAAUGGGUGUGAGAUUGCCUUUGAAACCAAAGCAAAAUGAAUCCAGUCUUCAGCCAUCUUCCAAAAGAGCAAGGAUUGAAGACCUACCACCACCAACUAAAAAACUCACCCCAGAAUUGACGCCAAUGGUGCUCUUCACAGGAUUUGAACCUAUGCAAGUUCAACAGUACAUUAAGAAACUGUAUAUCCUUGGGGGUGAAGUAGCAGAAUCUGCCCAGAAAUGUACCCAUCUAAUUGCCAGUAAAGUGACCCGAACUGUCAAGUUCCUGACAGCAAUUUCUGUAGUCAAGCACAUAGUAACUCCGGAGUGGUUAGAAGAGUGUUUCAAAUGCCAGAAAUUUGUUGAUGAGCAGAACUUCGUGCUCAGAGAUGCUGAAGCUGAGGUGCUAUUCUGCUUUAGUUUAGAGGAGUCUCUAAAGAGAGCACAAGUAGCUCCACUGUUCAAGGGAAAAUAUUUUUACAUUACACCUGGAAUUUGUCCCAGUCUUUCCACCAUGAAAGCUAUUGUGGAAUGUGCAGGAGGAAAAGUAUUAUCUAAACAACCUUCUUUUCGAAAACUCAUGGAGCACAAGCAGAAUAAAAGUUUGCCGGAGAUAAUCUUGAUUUCCUGUGAAAAUGACCUUCAUUUAUGUCGAGAAUAUUUUGCAAGAGGCAUAGAUGUCCACAAUGCUGAGUUUGUCCUGACUGGAGUUCUUACUCAAACACUGGAUUAUGAGUCAUAUCCUUUUUGUGUCGAGGCUGUUGGCUGCUUAGGGGAGUGUGGUUUACCAAAAGGUGAGCUUGCUGCCCCUCCAAGCUCUUCGGAAGAGGAAAUGGGAUCUGUGUACCUGCUGUUCGGUGUGGGAUGGGAUAAGCUAGCGCUAGGCAG